CCAUCCACGAGAGAGAAACUAUUUGUGUCUCUACUUUAAAUGGUAAACACACCACGCACAAUCACAAGAAAGCUUCAUUAUUUCCAUAACAGAGAGAAAAGGAGGAGCCCAAUGAGAACUGCAAUUCCUCUAUUGCAAACCCAUCUUCUUCUUCUUCUUCUUCUUCUUUUGAUCCCUAUACCCCCCAUCUCCUCCACUGAUUUGAUAGAACAAAUAUGCAAGAAAACACCCUUCUAUGAUCUCUGUAUGUUAUCCCUAAAAUCAGACCCUCAAAGCUUAAACUUGGAUCUUAAAGGUUUAGCCACGGAAAUGGCUAAUAUGGUGUUGUCAAAUGCAAGUGACAAUCUUGAUUACAUCCAAGGCCUCAUCAAGCAAAACAAAGACCCAGAGAAGCAGAGACCACUGGCUUAUUGUGCUGAAGCCUACAUUCCAGUUGUGAAGUACAAUCUUCCUCAGGCAAUAGAAGCUUUGAGUAAUGGCCAUUAUGGGUUUGCUAAUUAUGGAAUUUCAGAUGCUGCCAAUGGAGCAGAUGCAUGCGAGAAGAACUUCCCAUGCUGCAAUACAUCACCAUUGACUGAAAGGAACAAGCUUGUGCAUAAUCUGUCAGAGAUUGCUGUUGCUAUUAUCAAUGUUUUGUGGAAGAAAGGUUGAUUCAUCCUGAUUUCUCCGAUUUGCGGCCAUGGAAUCAGCAGCAGUAGAGUCUGAUCUCUAGUUGGUUCUAGAAUGGUUGUUCAAUACUCUGUCGCCAUGUGUCUUUGUCCAGAUUGUACACGUAUUGUUUCUUGUGGUCUUGGGCUCUGGUUUUAUUGCUUUUGGAAUGGGUUCUUUUUUUUUUUGGAAUUUAUUUUAUGUAUAUUAAUAAGGCAGAAAA